UACCGAGUUUAAUGCAUUUUAUGAAAACGAUAGGUAUCCACGUGCAGUGAUUAAUCAUUUGUACUUUGAUAAUUAACAAUUUCGCAUAACUUAAUAUAUCAACUUAGUUUAUUGUUUAAUACAAUUUUAAUUAAUAUCAAGACAAUAUAAGUGAUGGAAGAAAUAAAGAACGAUACCCAGCAGGAAGCCAAUUUGGAUAAAAAAGAAAAUUUCUCAAAAGAGGAGGUUAAGACUGAUGACAAGCCGGUAGAUGCUAAUACAGAAACUGAAGAAACAGAAAAAUGUAAUAAUGACGACGUAGAUACAGAACCAAGCGAAGUUCCAAAUGAAUUGUUAAAUAAAAUUAGAAAACAAGUCGAGUUUUAUUUUGGAGAUGUUAAUAUGCAACGAGAUAAGUUUCUUAUAGAACAAUCAAAACUUGAUAAUGGUUGGAUUCCAAUGACAAUUAUGUUAAACUUUAAAAUGUUAUCAUCGUUAAGUAAAAGUUUUGAUGUUAUCUUAAAGGCUUUAGAAAAUAGUGACCUUAUUGAAGUUUCUGUGGAUAAAAAGAAAAUACGUCGAACAUUGGAAAAGCCUUUACCAAUAUACGAUAGUAAUUAUAAAAAAGCUCAGGAAAGUCGAACGAUUUACUUAAAAGGAUUUCCACUUGACAUAACCAUUGAAACAUUAAAGUCUCAUUUUGAAUCUGUAGAUUCUAUCGAGGCCAUUAUUAUGAGAAAGUAUAAAAAAGGUAAAGAAUAUUUUUUUAAAGGAUCGAUAUUUUUGCAAUUCAAAACGUUGGAUGAUGCCAAGGCAUUUAUAGAGCAAGAAUCCAUCAAAUAUAAGGAUACUGAAUUAAUUAAAUUAUGGUCAGUUGAUUAUACAGCAUCAAAGGAGAAGGAAAGAGAUGAAAGACGUCAAAAAAAAAUAAAAACUCAAAAUACCAAUAAAAGUAGUAAUACAAAAGAACCUAAACAUAAAAAUAAUAUCGAAGAUAAAAUUAAACUUCCAAAAGGUUGUUUAAUUCAUAUUUCAAACAUACAUAAAAAUAUUACUAAAGAUGAAAUAAAACAAAAAAUAAUACAGUUAAAAGGUGAAGUAGCAUACGUUGAAUAUAAGAGUGGAGAUAUUGAAGGAUGGAUACGUUUGCAAGGAGAAAAUUCUGCUAUCGAUUUAUUAAAAAAAUUAAAUACAAAUGUGAUAACAAUUAACGAUUGUGAUAUAAAUUGCAAAUUACUUGAAGGUGAGGAAGAAGAAGCUUAUUUAACAAAAAUACAAGAAAAUAUGGUCAAUCAUAGAUUAAACUAUCGAGAUAAAGGCCGUAAUUCAAGGAAAGGUUUUAAACGGCGUCAUAGUCCAAGCAAAUUUAGAAAUACAAAACAAAUGUAUUUAGAUCCUCAAUUGACUUGUUAAUAACUAUUUACUACAAAAAUAUUUUUUGAACAAAUAAGAUGUUUGUUCACAAUAAGUAUAUUUGAAAAACAAAAAAAAAAAAAAAAAAUUGA